AUGACCUCGGAGGGCCUUUCACCAUCAGUCAUUGGGACAGUGCAGGCAUCAAGGCAGCCCUCAACUAAUCAUCUCAGCGAGGAGGAUAUUGGAACUAGCGGCCUUAUCUGUCAGACAAGAUCUGUGCGUGUUUACAGAGUUGUCUUGAGGCUCGAUCCUUCAUUCAUCCUGAAGGUGAAUUCUACAUUUCACCGUUCUCAAGAUCUGGUUUUACCGAAUUUCUGUCCGGAUCCUGUCCAUCGGCUUGAAUGGUGGUGGCACAUGCUGGAUGUACGACGGGCGCUCCAUGUCUAUCUACACAGGACACCCUCCUUUCAGUGCAUAGAAGCGCUUUUCCUUUCAUUUCAGCCGGACACCAUGGGACUUAUAUGCAGUUUCCAAGGACAUGUGCAGCAAGGCUUAGUUCUAGAACUAGGAGAAACUGUUCAGAUCUUGGAAAAAUGUGAAGGUUGGUACAGAGGAAUAUCAAUAAAGAGACCUAGCAUAAAGGGAAUCUUUCCUGCAAAUUACAUUCAUUUGAAAAAGGCACUGGUCAGUAACAGAGGGCAGUAUGAAACAGUUGUUCCACUUGAAGAUUCUGUUAUUACUGAAGUUACAGCAACUCUCCAGGAAUGGGCUAUCCUCUGGAAGCAGUUAUAUGUGAAACAUAAGAUAGAUCUGUUCUACAAGCUACGCCAUGUGAUGAAUGAACUGAUUGAUCUUCGCAGACAAUUACUUUCUGGUCAUUUGACCCAGGAUCAAGUUCGAGAAGUCAAGAGACAUCUCACUGUACGAUUGGACUGGGGAAAUGAACAUUUGGGCUUGGAUCUUGUCCCACGGAAGGAGUUUGAGAUUGUCGAUUCUGAUCAGAUCAGUGUGUCUGAUCUAUACAAAAUGCAUUUAUCCAGUAGGCACAGUGUGCAACAAAGCAUAUCACAGGUGGAUACGAUGAGGCCACGCCAUGGAGAAGCAUGCCGCCUGCCAGUACCUCACCAUUUCUUUCUCAGUUUAAAGAGUUUCACAUACAAUACAAUUGGAGAGGAUGCAGAUGUGUUCUUUUUUUUAUAUGAUGUUCGAGAAGGGAAGCAGAUCAGUGAAAGAUUUCUGGUAAGGUUGAACAAGAAUGGGGGGGCCAAAAAUCCAGAGAAGAUUGAUCGGAUGUGUACACUUUUUACAGAUCUUGGCAGCAAAGAUAUGAAGAAAGAUUUGUACAUAGUUGCCCAUGUAAUCCGAAUAGGGCGUAUGUUGCUAAAUGACUCAAGAAAGGGUCCAGCUCACCUCUAUUACCGUCGCCCAUAUGGCUGUGCUGUAUUGAGUGUCUUGGAUGUAAUGCCAUCAAUCUCUGAACUCAAAGAAGAAAAGGAUUUUGUUCUCAAAGUUUACACGUGCAACAAUGAGAAUGAAUGGCAUCAGAUCCAUGAAAAUAUAAUUCGCAAGUCGAGUACCAAAUAUACAGCACCCAGUUCAAAUUAUGGACUUAUAAUUUCUCUUCAAAUUGUCCGUGGAGAAAUGGAACAAAUUCGAAGAGAAUAUCCUAUUAUCUUUAACAGAGGGGUGUCUAUUACAAGAAAAAUAGGAUUCCCAGAUGUGAUCGUGCCUGGUGAUAUACGAAACGAUUUGUACCUGACUUUAGAGAAAGGAGACUUUGAGAGAGGUGGAAAAAGUGUUCAAAAGAACAUAGAAGUAACUAUGUACGUUCUCUAUGCAGAUGGAGAAAUUUUAAAAGACUGCAUUAGCUUAGGCUCAGGAGAAUCAAAUAGAAGUAUGUAUCAUUCGUUUGUUCUCUAUCAUAAUAAUAGUCCUCGCUGGGGAGAAGUCAUCAAACUCCCAAUCCCCAUUGACAGAUUCCGUGGAUCUCACCUCCGUUUUGAAUUCAGACACUGUUCCACAAAAGAUAAAGGAGAAAAGAAGCUCUUUGGCUUUGCAUUUACACCAUUAAUGAGAGAUGAUGGCACUACCUUAUCUGAUGAUAUUCAUGAGCUUUAUGUUUAUAAGUGUGAUGAAAACAGCACUUUCAAUAACCAUGCACUUUACUUGGGUCUUCCAUGCUGCAAAGAAGAUUAUAAUGGUUGUCCCAACAUCCCUUCAAGCUUGAUAUUUCAGCGCAGCACCAAAGAGUUUUUUUCAAUCUCUACUCAGCUGUCUUCUACCAAACUUACUCAGAAUGUGGACCUGCUUGCUCUUCUGAAAUGGAAAGCAUAUCCAGAUCGUGUAAUGGAUAUUUUAGGAAGACUGCGCCAAGUCAGUGGCGAAGAAAUUGUUAAGUUCUUGCAGGACAUUCUGGAUACAUUGUUUGUAAUUCUGGAUGAUAACACAGAAAAAUACGGACUUCUGGUAUUUCAAUCUUUGGUGUUUAUCAUAAAUCUCUUGCGUGAUAGCAAAUAUUUUCAUUUUCGACCUGUAAUUGAUACUUAUAUUCAGAAGCACUUUGCAGGAGCUUUAGCAUAUAAAGAACUCAUCCGCUGUUUGAAAUGGUAUAUGGAUCGAUCAGCUGAUCUAGUACGACAGGAUCAUAUUCAAGAAGCAAUGCGGGCAUUGGAAUAUCUUUUCAAGUUUAUUAUUCAGUCUCGGAUCCUUUACUCCAGAGCUACUUGUGGAAUGGAGGAGGAACAAUUUAGAAUUAGCAUCCAAGAACUUUUCCAGUCAAUCAGAUUUGUACUCAGCUUGGACAGCAGAAGCUCUGAGACUCUCAUCUUUACACAGGCUGCUCUAUUGAAUUCUUUCCCUGCCAUUUUUGAUGAGCUAUUGCAGAUGUUCACAGUACAGGAGGUAGCAGAGUUUGUGAGAGGAACUCUUGGGAGCAUGCCCAGUACAGUGCAUAUUGGACAAUCUAUGGAUGUGGUUAAAUUGCAAUCUAUAGCUCGUACAGUUGACAGUCGCUUAUUUUCAUUCUCAGAAUCUCGGCGAAUCUUAUUACCUGUGGUCCUUCAUCAUAUUCAUCUUCAUCUGAGACAACAAAAAGAGUUGCUUAUCUGCUCUGGAAUUCUUAGCAGUAUCUUCUCUAUCAUCAAAACUAGCUCCGUGGAGACAGAUGUAACUGAGGAGGUAGAAAUGAUGGUGGAGAGCCUCCUGGAUGUACUAUUACAAACUCUUCUGUCUAUUAUGAGUAAAUCACAAUCUCAGGAGGCGGUAAGAGGGCAGCGUUGUCCACAAUGCACAGCUGAAAUCACUGGGGAAUAUGUAUCCUGUCUUUUGUCUCUACUUCGUCAGAUGUCAGACACUCAUUUUCAACAUCUUCUGGAAAAUUUCCAGAGUAAAGAUGAGCUAAAGGAAUUUCUUCUAAAGAUUUUCUGUGUGUUUCGAAAUCUGAUGAAGAUGAGUGUCUUUCCUCGAGAUUGGAUGGUGAUGAGAUUACUCACCAGCAAUGUGAUAGUUACAACAGUGCAGUAUCUGUCUGCAGCACUACAUAAGAAUUUCACGGAAACAGAUUUUGAUUUUAAGGCCUGGAACUCUUAUUUCAGCUUGUCAGUUUUAUUUAUCAACCAACCUAGCCUGCAGCUAGAAACAUUUAAUCCAGCUAAGCAGAAAAAGAUUCUGGACAAAUAUGGUGAUAUGCGUGUGAUGAUGGCAUAUGAGCUUUUUAGCAUGUGGCAGAAUCUGGGGGAACAUAAAAUUCACUUUAUUCCUGGAAUGAUCGGUCCUUUUCUGGGUGUCACACUUGUGCCACAGCUAGAGGUCCGCAACAUUAUGAUCCCCAUUUUUCAUGACAUGAUGGACUGGGAACAGCGAAAAAAUGGCAACUUCAAACAGGUGGAGGCAGAAUUGAUUGAUAAGCUAGACAGUUUGGUAUCAGAGGGAAAAGGAGAUGAAAAUUACAGGGAACUCUUCAGUCUGCUAACCCAACUGUUUGGGCCUUAUCCCAGCCUGCUAGAAAAGGUAGAACAAGAAACUUGGAGGGAGACAGGUGUUUCGUUUGUUACAUCCGUUACUCGUUUGAUGGAGCGCCUCCUUGACUACAGAGACUGUAUGAAAGGAGAUGAAACAGAGAACAAGAAAAUUGGUUGCACUGUUAACUUGAUGAAUUUUUAUAAAUCUGAAAUUAAUAAAGAGGAAAUGUAUAUCCGCUAUAUACACAAGUUAUGUGACAUGCAUCUGCAGGCUGAAAAUUACACAGAGGCUGCUUUUACAUUGCUUUUGUAUUGCGAGCUACUACAGUGGGAGGACAGGCCUCUUCGGGAAUUCCUCCACUAUCCAUCUCAGACAGAGUGGCAACGUAAAGAAAACCUUUGUCGGAAGAUUAUUCAUUAUUUUAAUAAAGGCAAGAGCUGGGAAUUUGGAAUCCCAUUAUGCAGAGACCUGGCUACUCAGUAUGAAACAUUAUAUGAUUAUCAAAGUCUCAGCUGGAUUCGGAAAAUGGAAGCCAACUAUUAUGACAAUAUAAUGGAACAACAACGGUUGGAACCUGAAUUUUUCAGAGUUGGCUUUUAUGGAAGAAAAUUUCCUUUCUUCCUUCGUAAUAAAGAGUAUGUUUGUCGAGGCCAUGACUAUGAGAGAUUAGAGACCUUCCAACAAAGAAUGCUUAGUGAAUUUCCACAAGCCAUUGCAAUGCAACAUCCAAAUCACCCAGAUGAUAGCAUAUUGCAGUGUGAUGCCCAGUACCUGCAAAUCUAUGCAGUGACUCCAAUUCCAGACAAUAUUGAUGUACUACAUAUGGAUCGUGUCCCUGAUCGCAUAAAGAGCUUUUAUCGAGUUAACAACAUCAGGAAAUUCCGCUAUGACAGGCCUUUUCACAAGGGCUCCAAAGACAAGGAAAAUGAAUUUAAGAGCUUGUGGAUUGAACGUACCACUCUAACCCUGACUCACAGUUUACCUGGAAUCUCUCGGUGGUUUGAAGUGGAAAGACGAGAAUUGGUUGAAGUAAGCCCAUUGGAAAAUGCUAUUCAAGUUGUGGAGAACAAAAAUCAGGAAUUAAGGACACUAAUAAGCCAAUACCAACACAAACAAAUGCAUGGGAACAUCAAUCUACUCAGUAUGUGCCUGAAUGGAGUUAUUGAUGCUGCUGUGAAUGGUGGCAUAGCACGAUAUCAGGAGGCCUUUUUUGAUAGGGAUUAUAUUUCCUCUCAUCCUGGAGAUGCAGAAAAAAUCACACAGUUGAAAGAACUGAUGCAUGAACAGGUACAUAUCCUAGGAAUAGGUCUGGCAGUACAUGAGAAGUUUGUACAUCCUGAGAUGCGUCCACUACAUAAGAAAUUAAUUGACCAAUUUCAAAUGAUGCGAUCUAGCUUGUACCAUGAAUUACCCACUCUGGAAAAAUUAAGUCCAGCCUGCUCAGGAACAAGUACACCACGCAGCAAUAUGCUUGUAUCACACAGUCCAAUGAGUCCAGAGAGCAUCAAAGUAAUGCAUCGACACAGCCCAUUGAAUAUGCUGGGCACGGUCCGACACUCAUCAUCUUCCCUGUCUUCCCAUACAUCAAGUGAAACAGGAAAUAUGGUUAUAUUAACAGACAGUUCUGUUGGAGAAAAUGCAGAGGAUGUGUACCACAUGCAGGCCAGUCCUUCCACCUCAAGCCUGAGCUCUACCCAUUCUGCACCAUCUCAAAUGAUCAACUCUGCACCUGCUAGUGCAAGAGUGCUGAAGGGUGCUGGAUUGACAACUCUGGAGGCUGAAGCCCUCUAUUUAUCCACAGAACAGAUACAGCCUGGGCGGCAGCAGUGCAAGCUUUCCCACGCUGCCCCCACCAAUGUGCCUCAUCUCUGUCCUGGAGGGACCACCUCUAGAGGCUCUCCCUCUCUACCAGAUAAAUACCGUCAUCAUCGAGAAUUAAUGAUGCUACUACCAGCACACCGAGAUCGGCCUAGCAGUGCUAUGUAUCCUGCAGCUAUCAUGGAAAAUGGACAGCAUCCAAAUUUCCAGAGAGCCUUAUUCCAGCAGGUAAUUGGACCAUGCAAACCCUGCAGCGAUCCUAAUCUAUCUGUUGCUGAAAAAGCUGUUUCAGCAGCACCAAGCAGCUGGAGUCUGGACAGCGGAACCAGAGAGGCCCUACCAUUCCUGUCUGCUCAUGUUGGGAGCAUCCUGGUCCCACCAGUGCCUCCCCGAAGCCUGACCCAUGGCCACUAUUUACUACACUUUGAUGCCUUCCACCAUCAUCUUAAUGACGCUCCCCCAGCGCUGCCUGCACGAACACUGCGCAAGUCACCUCUUCAUCCGAUACCUGCAUCCCCCACAAGUCCCCAGUCUGGCCUGGAUGGAAGCAAUUCCACGCUUUCUGGUAGUGCUAGCAGUGGUGUUUCCUCACUAAGUGAAAGUAAUUUUGGCCAUUCAUCUGAACCCCCUCCUCGAACAGACACCAUGGAUUCUGUUCCGAGCCAGACAUGGAACACUGAUGAAGAUUUAGAGACGCCCUAUCUCCCUGUCAGGUACAGUCUCUCAGAACCUGAUGUUUUAGAAACUCUCAAAACUCAGCCAUGCCGAAGCCACUCCGCUCCGUCUGGAGUCAUUCCUCAGGAUACUAUGGACCCUCCAGCUCUACCCCCAAAACCGUAUCAUUCCCGUCACCCAAAUGAAGAGGGAAUUAUCCUGGAAGAGGACGAAAAAUAUCGAGCACUGCAUCGCAAAAUUGCCCAACCAGCUACUGGUGCAAAAGAGGAGCAGGCAAGGGUGGCAUGGGAGCAUGGCAUCAGCGAGCAGUAG